AUGGCAAAUGUACCCAUUGAGAAAGAAAUCAACAUUGACCAACUCGAACGCGCCGAUACCAAGGCAUCUGUUAACAGCGAUAAGCUCAACGAUGCCCGUAUCGAAGCUUUCACCCCCGAGGAGCAGAAGAAGAUUAUCAGGCGCAUUGACCGGCGCCUCGUCCUGACAUUGGGCUUUUUGUACUGUGUAUCCCUGAUGGAUCGAACCAACCUUGGUAUCGCUGUUGUCGCUGGUAUGGGCGUUGACCUAGUUCUGACGGGGAAUCGAUACUCUGUCAUCGUCCUGCUCUUCUUCAUCACCUACGUCCUGCUCCAACCUCCGGCCACUGUCGUUCUGCGCAAGAUAGGCCCGCGGCUCUUCCUUCCCACCAUCACCCUUCUCUGGGGAAUCACCAUGAUAUGCUUUGGAUUCGUCAAAGACUGGAGCGAUCUCAUUGGACUCCGUCUAGUCUUGGGUGUGUUUGAAGCCGGUUUCUUCCCUGGUUGCGCCUAUCUUCUGUCGUGCUGGUACCCGCGCUACGAACUCCAGAAGCGAAACGCAGUCUUCUACCUCAUCGGGUCCAUGGCAUCCGCCUUCGCCGGCAUUCUGGCCUAUGGCUUCUCCCAACUGAAGAACCACGCGCCCUCCGGGAUCCUACCUGGUAUUGCGGGAUGGAGAUGGAUAUUCAUCUUCCAAGGGCUGAUCACCUCCCUGAUGGCCAUUGUUUCGUACGUGUUAAUUGUGGAUUUCCCCGAAUUGUCCACCAACACCUUUGGUCUAAAAUUCCUGAACGAGGCCGAGGUGGAUUUUGUCGUUGCGCGCAUCGAAAAGGACCGACACGAUGCCAUCCCUGAAAAAUUUAGACUAGGCAAAUACCUCAAGCACGCUGGGGACUUGAAGGUUUGGGGCUUCGCUGCCCUCUUUGGUCUUACAACCACCAACACAUACGCCAUCGCCUACUUUUUGCCUAUCAUUCUAAACUCGGGCAUGGGGUUUGAUGUCGCCGCAUCUCAAUGUCUGGUUGCGCCUCCCUAUGUCCUGGCCGCGAUCGUUAUGUACCUAUUUGCCUAUCUCGGCGACAAAUGGCAUCUUCGAUCUCCUUUCAUCCUCGUCAAUGGAGCCUUGCUUCUGAUUGGGCUCCCUCUUCUCGGAUAUGUUGAUAACGUUGGUGUUCGUUAUUUUGGUGUCUUCAUCGCAACUACUGCUUGCAACGCAAAUGUCCCCUGUGUUCUUACUUGGCAAGCCAACAAUAUUCGAGGCCAGUGGAAGCGUGCUUUGUGCAGCGCCACGCUUGUGGGUGCCGGCGGCAUUGGCGGAAUCAUUGGCAGCACGGUUUUCCGCGAACAGGACAAGCCUGAAUAUCAUCCUGGGAUUCUCACGUGCAUGAUAUCCAGCGGUUUGAUAGUUCUCAUCACCUUGGCUCUGGACCUCAAGUUCUGGAGAGCCAACAAGCGUGUUGCCGCCGGGGGCAAGCCCAUCGAGGGUCUUCAGGGAUUCAACUACACCUACUAA